AGAAUGAAUCUAGUUAUAGACAAGAUAAAAGACCAAAAAGACAUAGAAACCGAACGGAGAAGCGCGCCACCAGAAAGUAUACAUUCUAAAUGUACCGAGUCAAAACAAAGAACGGUGCUUCCUAAGCUCCGAGGCUUAUUCGAAAAAAAAUCAAGUGAAUACAAGCUGGUCCCCACGACAGACCUUCCAACAGAUCUUCCCACUCUGAAGAGUCCAGAAUCUGCGACGGAGUUAGAAAAAGGCAGAGAAGAGAGCAAUGACGAUGAACAAACUUUGAAGUAUGCAAAAUCAUCUAUGUGGCAAUCGGUGGCGAACCUAGUGAGUGAUAUGGAAGGCACGGGACUCUUGGGUCUACCCUAUGUGAUAUUGAGGGGCGGAUGGGCAGCUGUGAUGGCUCUGGUAGUCGUGGCCUUUAUAUCGUAUUACACAGGGAACAUCUUGGUGGAAUGCAUCUACGACAAGGAUGGCAAGGGAAAUAAGGUUCGGGUUCGGUCCAACUACCGUGAAAUGGCGGACGCGUCGUGGCCAAAGUACGGUGGCUGGAUAGCGGUUAUCAUACAAGUAAUUGAGCUGACCCUACUUGCUUCCCUAUACCUCGUGUUAGCCGCCUCCCUGCUAGAGGGGCUCACCCCAACCACGCCCAUACCUCUCCGCAUUUGGAUGGUAAUCAUCGCAGCAGUAGGACUACCGACAAUCUUCUUCAAGCACUUCUCACAAGUUGCCUGGAUUAGCUUAGCCAGUGUAGUCGCCUUGACCAUCGCCGUAAGCAUAAUACUCGGGUACGGGUUCUCCAUCAGUUUUAGCUGGGAUAUCAAGUUUAUUCCUUUCUGGGAAACUAAAGGUGCUCCUCUAGCCUUAGCUAUUAUUAUAUUUAGCUAUAUAUGCCACCCUGUUCUACCAGGAAUAGAAGCAAAUAUGGCGGAUCCGAAUAAGUUCAACACAAUGCUUGCGCUUUCAUAUGCAUCUGUGUUCCUAGUAAAAAUCGUUUUCUCGAUGUGCGCCUUCCUUUCCUUUAGCACGCACAUAAGUGAAGUCAUAACAAAUAGCUUACCGCUCGGAUAUCUUAAGAUUUCAGUCAACAUUUUUCUUCUACUGAGCAUAGUGCUCUCGUAUCCAUUCAGAGUAAUGACAAUAAUCCAAGUACUGGAGUCCGUCAUUCCAGAUUCCCUCAUUUCCAAAUUUCCAUCAAUAGUAUGGUUUAUAUUCGUCCGGAUAUUUGUGAAUUUCCUCACACUUAUACCUGCAGUUUCUAUUCCACGUUUUGCGCUUUUUAUGGCGUUUGCGGGGAGCCUGACUGGAACAUGCAUGUCUUUCUUGUUUCCUUGUAUUUUCCAUCUUGCUCUCAAAGCACCUGAGCUGUCUAACUGGUCAAAGCUUCUCGAUAUAUCGAUCAUUGUGUUCGGAGUUAUAGCAGGGUUAUUAGGCAUUUUAGCUACAGGUGGUGAGUUAUUCAGACCCUGAUGUAACGACAAUCGAUAUAAUGAUACUCGACAUAACGAUAAUCGACUUAACGAUAAUCGACAUAACGACACUUGACAUAACACAAAUCGACAUAACGACAAUCGACAUAUCGAUACUCGACAUAACUAUACUCGACAUAGCGACAAUCGACAUAACGAUACUCGACAUAACGACAAUAGCGGAAAUAGCAGAAAACGACAUAAAGUUGCUUGCUAUAACGAUAAUCGAGAUAGCAAUAAUCGAUCUAACUAUGCUCGACACAACGAUGUCCGAUGGGUGAAAAUAAUAAAAUCUCGAAAAAGUCAGCGAAAGUUGCCCCUAGUUUUGUUACUUGUGGCAACUUGUGCUUCGUUUACCCAUCAACUUGCGUUUACUUAUGUCUCUAUAUGCGACAAAUUGGAACAUGUUCAAAUUUUGAAUUCAAGUUUGCCAACCCUUGCAAGUAAAUCGAACAUUUUUCAUCUCACUAGUUUGGGACGCUUCAUCGCAUGUGCAUCGCAACUUGCGUUUACUUUGGCCAGGGCUUAGGUUUUCUUUAUCAGACAUGUGUAGAUAGUCUUCAGUUGCCUACCAUUCCAACUACUUUUGUGCAUGACAGCAAUACACAACAAAAUAGACUUAAAUUCUUAUACAACAUCGGUUUAUUACCGGUAGCUAUAUGUCAACUACAGACUGGAAUGUAUUCAUUUCCACGAAAGCCUGUGCUUUGCAUCAGUAGGUAGCAAAUAAUAGAAAUCGGUUUAAGCUUUGCUAGGGUAGAGUCAAAGGGUAAGGCUCAUUUUGGCCAUAAAACGUGUACAAAGUUUCUGAAUAUCAUGCAAUUCUCAGCGAGAUGACGGAGUAUUAUCCCGACUGUAACAGAGCGUAAAUAUAUCUAGAAAUGCAAUUAAAGAUUCAAUAAAAUACAAAA